AUGGAUUAUCAGCAGAAGCUAUCACUACGGUUUAACAAGUGGUCUGAUUCAAAGGUUAGCAGAAAGUAUAUUGACGAUGAUGUUGCCUUCCAUGUUCUUUCAAAACUCCCCGUUAAAUCAUUGAAGCGUUUUGGUUGCGUACGCAAAUCAUGGUCCAUUUUAUUUGAAAAUUCUCAUUUCAUCAAUAUGUUCCGCAACCAUUUCAUAUCUCAUAGCAAUUCCGACGAUCAUCGUACAUAUCUCCUCAUAUUUAAACGUGAUUGUGCUGAUCGUUACCAUCCUGAAUUGCAUUUGCUCGAUAGUAGAAUCAAAUUAACUUUGCCACCUCCAUUUCAAGAGGAUGACUUUUAUCUUAAUAUUUUGGGAAAAACAAGUGUUAGCGGUGUUUUUUGUAUCGGGACAAAGGAUGUAAGGGGAGAUUCUAAUAAGGUCAAAUAUGUAUUGUGGAACCCAGCUAUCGAAGAAUUCGUUGUCAUUCCUCCUAGCCCCGAUGAGCUUGUACCAAAACACCCUCGCCUUGGCGUGUUUCAUGGCUUUCAUGGGUUUGGUUAUGACCAAGUAAGAGAUGACUUUAAGAUGAUUCAAUAUGUAACGUUUGAUAGCUCAAGUUGUAAUGACUAUGAUCCUGAUUCUCCUCCACCACAAGUGAAAAGCACUUAUAAAUCUCUUCUAAACAACCUAGUUCUUGGAAUUUGUGAACAAUUUCAAGAAUUAUCGGAUCUUUGGAUAGAAGAUAACAUAAAAUCAUUACAGAUUAUGGAAGGAAACCAUCACAGUUCACAGGAAGGAAGGUACAUGAGCAACAUGUAUGAAGAUGAAGAUGAAGAUGAACGGGUAGACAUUGAAGCUAAUCUGUUUGAUGGAAGGUUGGAGGGUUUGGCUAAGUGGUGGUUAUGGUUGCAUCCUAUCCUCAUUACUUUCAGCCAGCAUGUUUAA